AUGAGGCCUCGAAGACAACGAGAUCAGCAAACCACUUACCUCGAAGGCCAAGAACAGCAAUCCACUAACCUCAUAGGCCGAGAACACCCAAUCCAAGUACCUCGAAGGCCAAGAACAGCAAUCCUCACUUACCUCGAAGGCCAAGAACAGCAAUCCACUUACCCUCGAAGGGCAGAGAACAGCAAUCCACUUACCUCGAAGGCCAAGAACAGCAAUACCACUUACCGCGAAGGCAGAGAACAGCAAUCCACUUACCUCGAAGGCCGAGAUCAGCAAUUCCACUUACCGUCGAAGGCAGAGAACAGCAGCAUCCUACUUACCCACGAAGGCCAAGAACAGCAAUCCCACUUACCACGAAGGCAGAGAACAGCAAUCCACUUACCUCGAAGGCCAAGAACAUCAAUCACACUUACCGUCGAAGGCAAAGAAAACAGCAAUCCACUUACCAUCGAAGGCCAAGAACGAGGCAAUCCACUUACCUCGAAGGCAGCAGAACAUCAAUCCACUUACCUCGAAGCGCCGAGAUCAGCAAUUCCACUUACCUCGAAGGCCAAGAACAGCAAUACCACUUUACCUCGAAGGCAGAGAACAGCAAUUCCAAGUAACCCGCGAAGGCCAAGAACAAGCAAUCCACUUACCUCAAAGGCCCGACAACACACCAUUCCAAGAUACCGUCGAAGGCCAAGAACAGCAAUCCACUUACCUCAAAGGCCGAGAACAGCAAUCCAAGUACCUCGAAGGCCAAGAAACAGCAAUCCACUUACCUCAAAGGCCGAGAUCAGCAAAUCCACUUACGCUCCAAGGCCGAGAUCAGCAAUCCCAUACGUACUUUCAAAGGCCGAGAUCAGCAAUCCACCUUACUUCAAAGGCCAAGAUCAGCAAUCCACUUACUCUCUAAGACUGAAAACAGCAAAUCCACUUACCUCAAAGGCCGAGAACAGCAAACCACUUACCUCAAAAGGCCCGAGAACCAGCAAUCCACUUUUUACCUCAAAAGGCCGAUAUCCAGCAAUUCAC